AUGGUUGGUGGCGCACGAACAGCUGAGGCUACUGGCAGCAUGGAAGAGAAGAAGGAUAUUUUGGCGGAUACCAGCGACAGUGAUCAUACUGGAUCAUCGUCGGAGCGGGCCGACCCCGAGGCGGAGUAUCCACGGGGCUUGAAACUAGUCCUGCUUGCUGGCGCGUCAGUUAUGGGCGUCUUCCUAAUAUCUCUGGAUCAAACAAUUGUUGGAACCGCGGUUCCCAAGAUUACGGACGAGUUUCACGGACUUUACGAUGUAUCUUGGUAUUCUGCCGCGUACUUCAUGACCUUCGGUGGUCUCGAGGCUACGUGGGGAAAGGCCUUCAAGUACUUCGACUUGAAGUACACCUUCAUCGUUUCAAUGGCGAUAUUCGAGGUUGGCAGUCUGAUCUGCGGUGUUGCACCAACUUCGAAGGCCUUGAUCGUCGGUCGAGCCAUUGCCGGUUGGGGUGGUGCUGGAAUUUCAGUGGGAGGCACUAGCAUUGUUGCUUUCAGUACCCCACCGAGAACACGGCCGAUCAUGAUGGGUAUCAUUGGACUCACCUAUGGCCUUGCUGCUGUUCUUGGACCUCUGAUUGGUGGUGCCUUCACAGAGAGUGUCACUUGGCGGUGGUGUUUCUACAUCAACCUACCGGUUGGCGGCCUCGCUGCUGCGCUAGUACUUCUCUUUUUCCAUCUCCCGGCCGCUGCCAAACCCCCAAAGGUGAGCCUGAAGGAGAAGCUGCUGCAACUGGAUCCAUUCGGCGUGGCACUGGCCAUGGCUGCAAUUAUCUGCUUUCUCCUAGCCCUUCAGUAUGGCGGCAACACUUUGCCCUGGAAAAGCGGCAAGGUUAUUGGAUUACUAGUCGGUUUUGGUCUCCUCACAAUUGCCCUGAUUGCGUGGGAGAUCUAUCUAGACGAGUAUGCGAUGCUACAACCACGGUUAUUCAAGCAACGGUCAUUGUGGAGUGUCGCCCCGUAUCAAUUCUUCUUUAUGGGUACCCUUAUUCUGCUGCUUUACCAGCUGCCCAUCUACUUCCAAAGUGUCAAAGGUGCCAGUCCAAUCGAAUCCGGUGUCGACAAUCUUCCCAUGGUUCUCGCAGUGGGCAUAUUCUGCGUUAUUGGAGGUAUCGUGGUCUCCAAAACCGGCCAUGCCGCUCCGACCAUGUUGGCUGGCUCAGGAAUCGCCACGGUAGCAAUUGGUCUGCUCUGCACUCUAGAUAUCGACACUUCUGUUGGAAAGUGGAUUGGCUUCCAAAUUUUGGCCGGAUCUGCGAUCGCCUUCUCCGUCCAGAACGGCCUAAACAUUGCCCAAGCCAAUGUGGGCGCGGGAGAUAUCUCAGCCGUGACAGCCAACCUUUACUUCUUCCAGACAGUCGGAGGUGCAUUCACCACCGCGUCAGGGCAGGCCGCCUUCAUCAACCAACUGUUGGCCCAUUUGCCCAUCAGCGCCCCUCAAGUGGACCCGGAGCUAGUGAGUUCAACAGGUGCUGCGCAGCUCCGAGAGGUAUUUGGUCCGGAUGAUCUUCCUGGAAUUCUUGUGGCAUAUAUGCAAGGACUCAAGUCUGCCUUUGCGGUUGCAACUGCUCUGGCCGGUUGUGCGUUUUUGUCCACGUUUAUCAUUCCUUGGAGCAAACUGCCGACACAUUCACCCGAAAAGGGAGAUGAAGAGAUGCCUCCGAUGAUCAUGGGUUGA